UCUCAGUGAACCCUAAACCCUAAGUGGAUCCAGAUCCAGAUUGUUUAUUUGUUUUUUAAUUUUGAACGUUUGUUUCCAAACUUCUUUCAGUUUGCUUUAGCUGUUUUUGAAAAAGGCUGUCGUGUUUAAAAUAACCAAAGUGUUGGUAGUGAUGAUGAGGUCACAUGUUGUCAUGUCCCUCAGCUGAUGGAGGAGCGGCGGGCUCGGGACGAAGAGCAGAAGCGAGCCAGUGAGGAGCUGAUCCAGAGGCUGCUGACUGAGGAAGAGGAGCUGCUGCAAGAGGAGAGGAGGAGGAAGAACGAGGACGAGCAGCUGGCCCGGCAGCUCAGCAGCCAGCUGAACUCUCAGGAAGUCCGUCGUGUCUCCGACGUCACGCCAGUCAAGAAGAAGGAGGUCACCAUGGGAAACAUCGACAGGUUCCUGUGUCCUCGUGCGGCUCAGCCAGUCGCCUCCUCCAACUUCGUCUUCAACAAGGAGAACAUCCUCCUCCUGGAGGCGGAGCUUCAAGUUGAUAGACCAUGCCCACAGACUGAUAUUCAGCUGAUCAGAUCUUCAUCUGCAAAGAGGAAGAGCUCUGAGCUGGAAACAGCCGAAGAACAAGAGUCCACCACCAAACGAGCCCCGCUGUCCUCAUCUUCCUCUUCUCAGGAGGCGGGGCUUGUGACUGAUUGGGAGGCGGAGCUUCAAGUGAGGCAGCAGCAGGAGGAGGAGGACCGCCGACUGGCUCUGCUCCUGCAGAAGGAGCUUGAUCAGGAAGAGAGACAAAGAGCCACUGACAGGAGAAAAGGAUCCUCUGACGCCUACCUGCUGCGCCACCAGAGAGGGGCGGCAGAGGGGGCGGGGUUUUCUAACACACCUGGAAGAGGCUCCCGCAAAUCUGCCUCCAAAACCGCCACUAGCACCUCCUCCUCGCCUCAUUCUGCUUCCUCCAUGAAAGCCUUGAAGACCUGGUCCUCGUCCUUUUCGUCCAGGAGAGGCAUUAAACAGACAACUCUGACUGAGAUCUUUUCUCCUCCUCGCUCCUCCUCCUCCUCCUCAGCUCCUCAAACAAACAGUCAGGAAUAAAAACAGUUUUGUAAAGACAUUUUAUUUUGGCAGGACCAGUUCCAUCUGAUCAGCAUGGAUCAUUUAUUCAUUGAUUAUUGUUAAAUCAGUUGUUCUGUAGCUGCUGCCUGAUUCUUUUUUUUUUCUUUUGGGGGAGGAGCCUAAACUGAGGAGUCAACUGUGACACAAGAACAUGCACACACAGUGGUCACAUGACAGGACGUGCCAUGUGACUUGACAGGUUUCUAUCAGACAUUACAUCAUUAUUAAAAUUGUUGAUGAGAA